UUACCACUAUAUCUUCGUUGCUUUAAAAUCUAUUUUAUCAGAUAUGAGAAUUGCAACUCCUGCUUUUUAUUUAUUUAUUUAUUUUUGCUCUCCAUUUUGUUGGUAAAUCUUUCUCCAUCCCUUUGUUUUGAGUCUUUGUGUAUCCUUGCAUGUGAAAUGGGUCUGGAUGUAACAUGCUGUUGGGUUUUGGCUGUAUCUUUUGAUUGGGGGAUUUAGUCGAUUUAAAUUUAGGGUUACUGUCAUUUGAUGUUAACUGGCUGUUUUAUCCAUUUGUUGAUGUAAAUUCUUCUUUAUGUUGAUGCUCUUUACUUUUUGGUAUAUUUUUAGAAAGGCUGAUACUGGUUGUUUCUUUCUAUGUGUAAUGCUUCUUUCAGAAGCUCUUGUAAAGCAGGCCUGGUGGUAAUAAAAUCUCUGAGUACUUGCUUGUUCAUAAAAGAUUUUAUUUUUCCUUCAGUUGUGAAGCUUAGUUUGGCUGGAUAUGAAAUUCUGGGCUGAAAGUUCUGUUCUUUAAGGAUGUUGAAUAUUGGCCCCCACUCUCUUCUGGCUUGUAGAGUUUCUACUGAGAGAUCUGCUGUAAGUCUGAUAGGCUUCCCUUUGUGGGUAACCUGACCUUUCUCUCUGGCAGCUCUUAGUAUUUCCUCCUUCGUUUCAACCCUGGUGAAUCUAACAAUUAUGUGCCUUGGGGUUGCUCUUCUUGAGGAAUAUCUUUGUGGUGGUCUCUGUAUUACCUGGGGUUGAAUAUUGUCCUGCUUUGCUAGUUUAGGAAAAUUUUCCUGAAUAAUAUCCUGAAGACUAUUUUCCACCUUGGAUUCAUUCUCUCCGUCGUAUUCAGGUACACCUGUCAACCAUAAAUUUGGUCUUUUCACAUAGUCCCACAUUUCUUGGAGACUUUGCUCAUUCCUUUUUAUCCUUUUUUCUCUAAUCUUGUCUUCUUGUUUGAUUUCAUUAAGUUGGACUUCGACCUCUGAUAUCCUUUCUUCUGCUUCAACAAUUUGAGUGUUUAAACCUGUGCAUACUUCUCGGAGUUCCCGUAUUGUAUUCUUCAGUUCCAUUAAUUCACUUAUAUUCCUCUCUAAGUUGUCUAUUCUCAUUAGGAUUUCGUCAAACCUUUUGUCAAAGUUCUUAGUUUCUUUACAUUGGGCUACAACAUGUUCUUUUAACUCACAGAAGUUUCCUAUUAUCCAUGUUCUGAAGCCUGAUUCUGUUAUUGGGAUGCACUGGUUCUCCAUCAAGUCUUGUUCCCUUGUUGAUGAGGAACUGUGAUCCUCUUUGGAGGGAGAGGCGUUCUGAUUUUGAGUAUUCUCAGCCUUUUUACGCUGGUUUCUUCCCAUCAUUGUAAAUUUAUCCACCUGUCGUCUUUAUAAUUACCAACUUUCAAAUUAGGUCUCUGAGUGGACGUCCAAGUUGUUAAUUCCCAGGGCCGAAAUAUGAGCAACCCACUGCGCUGGCCAAAACAGCGGCGUUAAGACAGAUGGUGCUUUUCUGCCUGGGAAUCUCCAGUCUGGCUUCCUUCUUGAAUCCGUAAUAGGCGACUCUGCCUUCCCGAGUCCGUGAUAGGCGACUCUGCCUUCCCGAGUCUGUAACAGGCAAUUCUGCCUUCCCGGAGCUCCAAACCUUAGUCAGAAGGGGAACCAGUCCCGUUUACUCUGCACCGAGAGCUGCCGCUCCGAGGUGCCGGCGAAACCGCUGUGCCGGCCACAAGAGUAGCACUGGCGAACCGUGGAGCUCCUCCACUGGGAAUCUUCUGCUCCGUGAGCGACCAAAAUUUGUCUGAAAGUGUGGCAUCCUCUUGUUCUCUGAGGUUUCAGUGGGAGCUGCAAUCCUGAGAUGUAUUCUCAUGGGAGCAGUUAUAAAAAUCAUAGAGUUUAAAAAACUGGCCAACUGGAAGGAAGAAGAAAUGUUUCGUCCAAACAUGUUUUUCCUCCUCCUGCUUCCCCCUAUUAUCUUUGAGUCUGGAUAUUCAUUACACAAGGGUAACUUUUUUCAAAAUAUUGGUUCCAUCACCCUGUUUGCUGUGUUUGGGACGGCAAUCUCUGCUUUUGUAGUAGGUGGAGGAAUUUAUUUUCUGGGUCAGGCUGAUGUAAUCUCUAAACUCAACAUGACAGACAGUUUUGCGUUUGGCUCCCUAAUAUCAGCUGUCGAUCCAGUGGCCACUAUUGCUAUUUUCAAUGCACUUCAUGUGGACCCGGUGCUCAACAUGCUGGUCUUUGGAGAAAGUAUUCUUAACGAUGCAGUCUCCAUUGUCCUGACCAACACAGCUGAAGGUUUAACGAGAAAAAAUAUGUCAGAUGUCAGUGGGUGGCAAACAUUUUUACAAGCCCUUGACUACUUCCUCAAAAUGUUCUUUGGCUCUGCAGCGCUCGGCACUCUCACUGGCUUAAUUUCUGCAUUAGUGCUGAAGCAUAUUGACUUGAGGAAAACGCCUUCUUUGGAAUUUGGCAUGAUGAUCAUUUUUGCUUAUCUGCCUUAUGGGCUUGCAGAAGGAAUCUCACUCUCAGGCAUCAUGGCCAUCCUGUUCUCAGGCAUCGUGAUGUCCCACUACACGCACCAUAACCUCUCCCCAGUCACCCAGAUCCUCAUGCAGCAGACCCUCCGCACUGUGGCCUUCUUGUGUGAAACAUGUGUGUUUGCAUUUCUUGGCCUGUCCAUUUUUAGUUUUCCUCACAAGUUUGAAAUUUCCUUUGUCAUCUGGUGCAUAGUUCUUGUACUGUUUGGCAGAGCGGUAAACAUUUUCCCUCUUUCCUACCUCCUGAAUUUCUUCCGGGAUCAUAAAAUCACACCGAAGAUGAUGUUCAUCAUGUGGUUUAGUGGCCUGCGGGGGGCCAUCCCCUAUGCCCUGAGCCUGCACCUGGACCUGGAGCCCAUGGAGAAGCGGCAGCUCAUUGGCACCACCACCAUUAUCAUCGUGCUCUUCACCAUCCUGCUGCUGGGUGGCAGCACCAUGCCUCUCAUCCGCCUCAUGGACAUUGAGGACGCCAAGGCUCGCCGCAGGAACAAGAAGGACGUCAACCUCAGCAAGACAGAGAAGAUGGGCAACACUGUGGAGUCAGAGCACCUGUCAGAGCUCACAGAGGAGGAGUAUGAGGCCCACUACAUCAGACGGCAGGACCUCAAAGGCUUCAUGUGGCUGGACGCCAAGUACCUGAACCCCUUCUUCACUCGGAGGCUGACACAGGAGGACCUGCACCACGGGCGCAUCCAGAUGAAAACUCUAACCAACAAGUGGUACGAGGAGGUGCGCCAGGGCCCCUCCGGCUCUGAGGACGACGAGCAGGAGCUACUCUAAUGCCAGGUGCCAAGGCUUCAGGCAGGCAGGCCCAGGAUGGGCGUUUGCUGCCCACAGACACUCAGCAGGGGCCUCACAGAGGUGUGUGCAUCCAGGAGCCCCUUCGGGACAUAAGAGGGCAGGGUGAGGCACCGGCUGCAGAGUCACCUUAACCUGGAACUUGCCAGACAUCUGGAGCCAGGUGACCUCUUGAGAAACUGUCAUCUCCCCACUCCUCCCUGAGCCAGCCUCUGCUCUCACUGUAGCUCUUCAGCCCACAGAGGGGAGGGAGCACUGGGCCAGGCCCCAGUCAUCUGUGAAGCUAGGGUGCCCGCCCGCCUGUGCACCCAGAGGACCCCUGUGGUCCCCUGCCGGGAGGAGUACCAUCUACAGUUGCGCCAGUCCCCAGCCACUGCCUUCAUCCCGCCCCCGCCGGACUGGCAGAGUCAGGGGCCAGCCACCUGUCUCUGAGUCAUCAAGAUGCCUCCGCAGCAGCAAUUCUGACCUAAGUGGCAGGGCCCAGAAAUGUUGAAAACCUCCCACUCCCCUUUGUGAUACUUCCUGGGCUCCCUCAGGAACGGAGUGACCUUUUUUCCUUUACCUGAUUGGCACCUCGCAGCCUGUCUCCCUGGGUGGCAGGCGACUGCUGCCCUUCUCUGGGCACGUUCUGAAUGUUUACACUGGUACCUUCUGGUAUCUUCUUUAGAGCUCCCUGCAAGCUGCAACCCUGGGUUUUUAUCUUUUGGGGUCAAAGCGCCCUCUAGAGGGAAAAGCUAGAGGCACAGGGUUUCUGCUGACCUGCAACUGCUGUCUUGAUUAGGUUUAAAUUCAUGCAUUUUUACAGCAAAGUGCUGAGAACCUCAUAGUGGUCUCCUGCCAUCUGAUCUCCCUCCCUGCCAUUCUCAUACUGGGUUGUUCUUUUGUCUAAUCGGAGACCGCUGUGCCGAGGCCCUGUGGUGUCUGCUCACCGCUGCCACCUUUGCUGCUAAUCACGGUUCCAUCUUUCCCCUCUCCCAAUUCCCUACCACGUUGGAUCCCAUUUGUCACCCAUGCUAGGGUCCCCAAAGCACUGGGGCAGGGGCCAGAGCAGCAGCACCCAGUGCUCCCCCCUCCCACCCUGACCUGGAGCCCCAGCAGCCUGGAGUUGGAUGAGGAUGCUCCAGGCACACACACACACACACACACAAACACACACACACGCACACCCUGCCCUGUCCCUGAGUCCUGGCCCCGGCGGCCGUCUCACGGUAAGGAGCUGCCAAUCAUGUCUAGGAACAGAGUCACUGACUCGCAUCCUCUCCUCAGCUCCCCUUUGACAAGCCUCAAACUGCUCAGCUCAUCGAAGGGCUGUUGUCAACUUCUGUAUGUGGUUCUGGGUUGCAGGGAGCCUUGGAACUUUGUACCCUGGGGUGGUUGAAUUCAUCAUGUGCAUGCCUGCUUCUCUGGGGACACAAUGGGCCUGCAUGGACGCCACCUGGAGCAAGUGCAUCUCCAUCUCUUCGGUGUCAGGCAGCGUGGCCUCUGGGUGUCAGGAGGAACUGACCUCAGGACCUUCCAGGUCUUGUGCCAGGAAUGAGAGGCCAGGCCAGAUCCUGCCACUUCGCCUCAUUCCCAAAGUCAGAGCAGGCCAGCCAGGCAGGAAGCACGCUGUUUACUUUGCAUGAAAAGUAAAUUUGUACUUGAUAGACCUAAAAUAUGAUCUUUUUUAGUCCUUCACUUUAACCCCAUAAUUUGAGCCAUUGCCUUGCUUAAUUUAGGUCUCUACCAUUUCCUUUUAGUGGAGAAGAGAGGGGGUCAGAGGGUGGGGACCUUUGCCUGUCCCUGGGUGAGUGGGAUUAGGGAUCUGAGACCAGAUUGUUCUCUCACCCCUGCCAGAAUUCACUCUCCCCUGAAGUUCAGGGUCCGAUCUCCCAGAUGUAAGUUGCUUUGCAAACUCAGUUGUUUGCCAGGAUUUCUUUAUUUCCAAAUCUAAAAUUAACAGGUAAAGCAACGAAAAGGUCAGAUCCCAUUUCCAUCUGCCCUCUCAUCUCCAGUCUGAUGCCCCAGCCAUGGCACACCUGGCCUCACACUUUUAGCUGAGACCUGAAAAUGAUGCUUUGGUGGAAGAGCAUGUGGGGACUUGGUGGAGGGCCCCCAGGAUUUGCAGCGGGGUAGAGGGGCUGGUGGGACUUUUCCCAGGAGAUAUCAGCACCUGCCUCCAUCUCCUGUGAGCCUCCUCUGCCCCCUGCUGGCCAGGUGAGGUCAGCAGCCUGGGAGAGUGACCCCAAGAGAUGAGGGCACCUCGUGUUCCUCAGCAAUCUUGGCUCACCUUUGUAACAAAAGGCCAUGGAAGUCCUUUUCUGGUCGAUUUUUUCAAAAGUCUUUUCCUGAGAAUAACAAAUUGCUGCUGUCUACCUUUAGCACACCCAAUAAUUCUAUUUGGGGUGGUGAAUGCGUAGAAGAGAUAAAAAUACGCAGCUUAACUAUAUCUUCCUGCAUGUAUAUUUAUUUUCUUCUGAGUCUAGGCCAUGAGACAGGAGAACUGUGGCAUGUAGGAGGAAUGCUUCAGGAGGAGUGAAGGCUGGAGCCAGGGAGCGCUGGAGGAAGCCAGGCCUUUAGCCAGCAGCCCCUCCACCACAGGUGCCGCUGUGUGGAACUAGUUCUUAGAAUAAAUUCCAUGCUUUCUGCAGCCUGUAGUUAUUAUGACCCCUUGGAACAGCUACCCCCUGUGACUUGGUGUGUGAGGUCUCAUAGGGAAAGGGGCUGGCUUCUCCCACGUCCUUGAGAUCAAGUUUGUCGGGGGCUGGGCCAGGGCCAGGCUGAGGGUGGCUCAGUUCCAUCAUCUGGAGCUCAGACACUCUGCCCAGGGGCAGAACUGAAGCCCUCCCGACCCCCACCCCAAGCCAGCCACUCCUUUUUACAGUGGGCUGGUGGGCUGGGCUGGGCAGUCCGGGCUGGCUGGCUGGCAUGAGGCCAGAGUUGCCCAGGUUAGCCCACAGGAUUCCUUUGUGUACCAUGGAAUGCUGAAAGAUGGGUGACUGGGGAUCCUUCUUAAAACCCUUGGCAAAGGUGCCGUCAGCAAGGCUUGACUUCAUGAAGUCUUGGGUCUGUGUUCCCACAGGGCCCACAUACUCAGAGAGUCCUCAGCAGGGUGGCCGAGACCAGGGCGCUUCUGCUGAGGAGCAGGUAGGCUUGGGUACGGGUGUGGCCUGGGGUGGCUCGGGGCUGGAACUCCUGCCUGAUUCCCGUGUGGGGUAGAAGCUCAGUGGACAUUCUCUGCCACUGACAAGGAUUUCACAUGCAGAAGAGAAAAGGUGCCCCUCCGGUCCCCAUAUUCCCUGCCGAAUUCGUGCCAGUGUGUGCUGCCCUUUCUGGGGGCAGGUAGGAAACCACACCUGAGUGUCCCAAUGAGGAGUCACGAAGCAGUGUCCUCGGGAAGGUGUCUCUAGAGCCCCGGGCCCUCCAUCUAACAGGUAAAGCCCUCAAGAGAGUACAGAGCCAGCCCCCUUCCCUUUAGGCUCCUGCCAUUUCCCAAAUGGUUCUCCAAUAGUUAAACAUUGAGGGGCUUCGCUGUUACCAGGCAUGUAACAAGGAGGAAGACUGGCUAACAUCCCUUGCCCCAUCCCAUCCUCAUUCCCCUAGCCAUUUUCUUGCCAUGGCCUCUGGUGCCCUUGAGCGGGUCUCUCUGGCUGCUCUGCGGGGCUUCACUGGCUUCAGGGUGAGCACGAAGUGCUGGUGAGCAGUGGGCCUGUGGUUGGAUGGGAAGAUGUGCAUCAGUGGUCAGAAGUCCCCUGCCAGCCCUGCGGAUCCAGAGCCUCGGGCCGGGAUGGGGAUGGCUCCCUACUCCCACCUGGACAGUGGGCAUGGUCUGGAUGGUGGGCGAAGGCUUACACCAGAGCCUUUGACGGUUUCUCCAAGUAGGGAUCUGCACAGCUCAAACUGUCAUCAAGAUGGGUGUGAAUCUUACAUUCUUUUCAUUAUUUCCUUUGUAAAAAGAGUGCUGGGUUUUUGUUUUAAGAAGCAUUAUGAAGGCCAGGCUUACUCAUUUUUCUCCCCCAAGGGACCUGUGAGAGGCCCCUGUUAGGCCCCGUUUCCUGAGCAAUGAUGUGCUGCUCUUCUUGCUGGGGCUUUGGAUUGGAAGGAGAAGGCAGGUGAGAGAUGGGGGACCUGUGGCUGCCAUGUGGGAGCCCCUGCGCCAUCUCAUUGGACUCUUUAAGGGAGUCGGGAAUAGAUGGAAGACAGCCAUGUCACUGGAUGGUUAUUUAGAAUUAAAGUGUAGCUGCUGAAUUGGA